AUGCAAGACAUCGAAAGCGAGCUCCUCGCCCCCGAAAAAAUCUACCUCAAAGGCGUCGACAGCAUGUCCACCGCCAACGUAAAGUCCUUCGCCUCAACCCACUUCACCGCCGCCCCGAUCCUCAAAGUCGAAUGGAUCGACGACUCCUCUUGCUGCCUAGUAUACCGCACCCCCACCGAGGCCGCGGAAGCGCUGCGCGCCCUGGCACUCGACGACGAGGAGCUACCCGCGCUCACGCUCCGCCCCGCGAGGCUGGCAGCGUCGCACCCAGACUCGCGCCUCGAGGUCCGGGUCGCGCGCCAGAGCGAUAAGAAGAUUGCGGCAAGCUGCACGCCUCCGCCGCGAACGCGAAGAAUCCCGCCGCACCCGCCCCCGCCGCACCGGCAGCGCCGAGCACGACCACGACUACGACCGCCGCCACUACUCCCCCGCGAACACGACCGCCGCCGCACCGCCGCCGACAGCAGCCACACCUACACCAACGACUUCUACGACGACGACGACGACAACACCCCCAGCUCCCGCAACUCCCGCAACGUCUCGCGCGACCGCUCAUACUCCCCGCGCCCCCGCCCCCGCCCACGCACACGCACCCGCUCGCGCUCCCCAAUCGAGCUCUUCCCCAACCGCAGCCGCAACCGCGAGCUAUUCCCCGAGCGUGCCGCCGCCGGCGAACGCGGGAGGCUACGCAGCGAGGAGGGUAGUAGUGGCAGUGGGGGUGGGGGUGGACGCGUGCGCAGCGAGCCCGUGGAGCUGUUUCCGCGGCGGCCGGCGGCGAGCUCGCGGUUUGAGGUUUCGCCUUCUCCGGGUCCAGGGCCGGUGGAGCUGUUUCCGGGGCGUGGUGGUGGUGUUGUGGGGCCGGUGAAGAAGUCGUUGGAGGAGCGGAUUAAUCUUGACAGUAGUGGGGACGGGUUUAGGAUUAAGGGCCGUGGGGGGCAGGGAGGGGGUGGUGGUGGAGGAGGGGGGGAUGAUUUGUUUGCGCAGAAGUUGAGGGCGGCGAAGGGGGAGGGGCUUGUGGUUGAGGAGGGGGGGCGGAGGAGGGGUGGGGCGAGGAGGAAUAGGGCGGAGGAUAUGUUUGGUUAG